CGCUCCGGGGAAACACACUGAACGCCCAUUUGUCUUGAUUUUUAAAAAGUUUCAAUUUUAGAUGGGCAGUCUUAAAUAUUAAAUCUAAAUAUAACGCAGACUAUUAGAAGCGUGUGAGUUUAAAAAUAAGAACAAGAUUUCCCCCAGUUUGAACGAGGAAGUAAGCGUGUUGCCAGUUUCUUCCGGGAAGAGAAUAGCGAACGGACCAACGUCUUCAUGGAGUUUGCGAGUUACCUAAUUUUGAAGAGUUGAAGAGAUAUUUUGUGACGAAAUGGCGAGUUUUCGAGCAUUUGCGGGGGUCGUGUGCCUCAUUGUCGCGGCCGCCCUCCGACCGGUGUGCGGCGACAUCACGGACGGCAACGCCGAGCACCUUAAACGGGAACACUCGUUGAUGAAACCCUACCAAGGCGUGGGCAGCAGCCCGUCAAGUCAGUGGGACUUCUCGGGGAGCACGUUGGUGACCAGCUCGUACGUGCGACUGACUCCGGAUGAAAGUAGCAAGCAGGGAUCCAUCUGGAAUACUGUGCCGUGUUACUUGAAAGACUGGGAGAUGCACGUCCACUUCAAAAUCCACGGUCUCGGCAAGAAGAACCUCCACGGUGACGGAAUUGCUCUCUGGUACACAAAAGACAGACUGCAUCCCGGCUCAGUGUUUGGGAACCAGGACCACUUUCAGGGCCUGUCCAUUUUCCUCGACACCUUCCGCAACGACCACCAAGCCAUGGACCGUUCCUUCCCGUACAUUUCGGCCAUGGUGAGCAACGGCUCGGUGACCUACGACCACGGCAAAGACGGACGCUCGUCGGAGCUGGGAGGUUGCUCGGCCGAAAUCCGCAACCGGGAGUUUGACACCUACCUCGCCAUCCGCUACUCCAAAGGGAGACUCACCGUGAUGAUGGACGUGGACGACAAGAACGAGUGGAAGGAAUGCAUCGACAUCGGAGGCGUUCGUCUUCCCACGGGAUAUUUCUUUGGCGCCUCGGCGGCCACUGGGGAUCUUUCCGACAACCAGGACAUCAUCUCAAUGAAGCUGUACCAGCUGAUGGUGGAGUACACGCCCGAGGAGGAGAACGUGGACUGGACCAAGAUCGAGCCAAGCGUCAGCCUGCUCAAGUCACCCAAAGACAACAUCGACGACCCAACGGGCAACUUCCGCGGCACGCCGCUGACGGGCUGGAAGGUGUUCCUGCUGCUGCUGUGCGCGCUGCUGGGCAUCGUGGUGUGUGGCGUGGUGGGCGCCGUGGUCUUCCAGAAGCGGCAGGAGCGAAACAAGAGGUUCUACUGACGGCCUCGAGGAGCAGAGGGCCCGUCCGUCGGAGGGACGGCGCCGCCGGUGAUUGACUCUUGAAAGCACAUUUUAAUGUGAAUCGUUUAUCUUUCACCCCCGGGGUUCUAAAGGUUGUACAAAAUGUUCUGGGUGGAAGCACUGUUUUUUUUUUUUUUGGUUUGUUUCUCUCUCUCUCUCUCUCCCCCCCCCUUGUUUUGUUUUGUGGUGAACAUUUAUUUUUUUUGUGGGGGGGGGGGGUGUUGGCGUUGCCAUGGCAACAGCACAACCUCCAGCACUGUCGUUUUAAUAUUUCCUUUGGCGUCGUCGCUCGUGCGCUCUCAAACGCUUAAACUGGAAACCCGCGUUGUCAAACUCCGCUGUUUGCCUUCGACUUUGAGCAAAAAAUGACCACUUUUAUGUCUCAUUCAUAUUCAAGUGGAGCAAAAC